UCCACACUUGCCAAGCAAGCCCUGUCCUGUUUCUAGUGUUUCCAUUCCUGUCAAAUCCUCGACAGAGACGGAAGAACAACAGAACCAUAUACAGCAAUCCCCUUUAAUAAUGCCCAGGAGUCGGAGUUCAUCAAGCUCCCCCCAUGAAAGUCCGAAAAGGGGGUGGAGGAAGAUCCCUGAUAAAUUUGCCCGGGUGGUUAGGGAAAUUAGGCAGGCCACUCAGGAGGGAAGGCUCUGGGGAAAUCCCCGGGACCUUAUCAACCAACUUGGGGUGGUGUCCUUGUCCCAAGAGGAGUUGCAGGAUAUUGUCUUUGGGCAAUAUCAGAUUGCUGAGCUCAAAAAGGAUCAUCGAUUUGUUAGGCAGCUCCGAUACCGAGCUGACUUAAUCUUAGAGCGGAGCUUUGUGGCUAAUAAGCUCUCGGGGAGGGGCAAGGCAAGGCCAUUGGGACAAAGAGUGGUGGAGAAUAUCUCUAGUCCCUGUGGGCGAGGACGUAGGGCAGUGACAAGUACUGUCACUAACCCUAGUCCUGAUUGCCAUAUGCCCCCUCUUGAGCUGGCACAAGAUUUUCCCCCACUCUCCUCUCACGAGGAUGAACGGGGGUUGUCUUUGCCACAGGUACAAAGUCUCCCUCUACAGCGGCCACAAGAGUGUUCCCCAUUCCCCUCUCACGAGGAUGAACGGGGGUUGUCCCAGUCCCAAUCCCCAGCAAUUCUCCCACUUUUCCCUCAGGAGAAUGAGCUAAAUCCUCCUAUAAGGAGCCUUCUAGAUCUAGAUAUCCCUGUGCCUGCCAGGUUCGCUGGGCGAUUACAGGGGAGAAGUGUCUUGGAUCUUCCGAUACAGGAGGAUCAGGCCCUGCCCAUGCCUGCCAGGUUCGCUGGGCGAUUACAGGGGAGAAGUAUAUUGGAUCUCCCGAUAGAGGAGGAUCAGGCCCUGCCUGAGGCCCUCAUUUCCCUUCCAGAAGAGCCGAUUCCGGUGCACAUUUUGGUGGAACCAGGAAACAUUCAGGCAGAUGUAACCUGGGAAGAUCAGGAAUGCCCUACGGUCAGACCAGAAGACAAGAACCGCGAGGUAAAAGUUACCACGAGAGUUUUUUACAGGUCUGAUCGAAUGCAUGGUCGACCAGAUUCCACUAAUAACCAGAAUCCCCCUGCCGGAGGAUCAGUUUGGGCUAGGCUGGGUGCUAAUAGGGCCAAUCCAAGCUCACACAGUCCUGCCCAAGAGGAAAGCAAUAAGGAGUGUAAGGUUCGCUGGAGAAAAGAUUCAAGGUGUCCGGUACGCGGAUGCUCCACAUUUGCCAGACACCUCAAGGCCCAUGUGAUGUCUAAACAUUUACCUGUGCCUUUUCGCUCAGAGGCCCUUCAUGGAUGCUCCUUGGUAUAGGGAACAACUUACUUCUCUCCAGGAGCUUGCUUUCAUGCUCACUGGGGAGAGGGAUGUGUACCUACUCCUGAAAUUUGUUCAGAGCCAAGGCUUCAUUGUGCCU